AUCCAACCUCAGAGAGCAGCGGAGUAAUUCCGGGAAAAGGCGGACUGACAUUUUGUCGCCAGAGUUGCGUCGACCCAGCAGUGUCUAUAUCUGUUUUGACCGGUGCUUGGGGAGAAAAACCGAAGACAAUUGGAUCAUGACGACAGAAAGAAACAGCAAAGCCCUGAAGGUGAAGCAGGAAUGUGGCGAGAACGUGCCCUUCCUCUCAGACAGCGAGCUCAUGUCCCUCUCUGUACGAGAGUUGAAUCUCCACCUGCGUGGCCUCUCCCGCGAGGAGAUCCAGAAGCUGAAGCAGCGCCGCCGCACCUUGAAGAACCGGGGCUACGCCGCCAGCUGCCGGGUCAAACGGGUCUCGCAGCGAGAGGCACUGGAGCAGCAGAAGAUGGAGCUCCAGAGAGAGGUGGAGAGGCUCGGGGCUGAGAACGCCGGCAUGAGGAAAGAGCUGGAGGGGCUGGGUGCGCGCCUCGCCGCCCUCCAGAGAUUCGCCAGAGGUCUGGAAGCCGGAGGAGGCAGCCUGCUGGCUACAGCCCCUCGCCUCAAUACCGCCUCCGUCAUCACCAUCGUGAAGAGUCCACCGCAGCCUCAGCCACAGAGAGAACACGAGCCGUCCUAGAAGGAGCUGCAGGGACUGGACUGGGGGGGGUUGGGGUGGGUGGGGUUAACAGCCUGCAAUGCAAACACACACACGCACACACCUGCAGGCAUGCAAAUACUAUACACACACAGGCAGGAGAACAGGAAGACGAUAUUAGUAGGAAAAUACUAAGCGCCUCGUUCACAUUAUUAUAUGCAGAAGUAAUUCAUUUCAGUGGCAGAGAGGUGAGUAAUGUCACCUAGUAGACAACAGCUGUGCUUCGUUUUCCAACACCGGGGCCAGGAACAGUUGAAAAUCAUCUAGGACGGGUGGAGGUGUCCUCUGCUUAGUGCUGCUUUAUGACACUGCAGCUUAGUUGACUGAAAUUCACUCAAAGUGCUUGUUUUGAAGCACAAACGCUUAGAAAUUAGUUUGAGAAAGAUGCAUCAGGUUUAAUGUGAACAAGGCGUUGAGCACUGAUGUACUCACACGUACAUGCACAAAAGCCCGAUCCACACAGGGCAUAGACUAACUGGACUCUGACUGAAGCCAGACCAACCCAACCAGAGUUACUGUACAUCUUUACAGCUCAACAAAUCCAGCUGCGCAGGCUGGUGCUCUCUGAUUGUGCUACCGAAAGGCCGGGGCGUCUUUCUGCUUCCGUUUAUGGCACCUGACCAACAGCUAAAAUGCCAGGGUGGAGCGGACGUACGCGCAGCUUCCUCCGGCUCUACGACGUCUGCAUUCCUGCUAGUCUGAAAUUACUAGCUGUUUCUUAUCCUGAGUUCAGACCCAUGUGUUUCAGCUGAGAAAAAUGCCCCACAUUUGUUAGCCAUUAGUGCAGAGUUUCUCAACCUUGGUGUCACUUCAUGUGCUGCCGCGGUAACGGGUGCUUUGAAAUAGAUCAUUUUCAUACAAUCUAUUCUGAGCUCCCUUUGCGCUCUUGAAAAUCAAACAGUACGUCAUACUCAGACUCACUUGACAGCUCUCUGACUGCUUUAGGUGGAUUUCGGGAGCAAAAACGGUCCAGGUAUCUAGGAAAAGGUUGAGAAAUGCUGCAUAAGUGCAUCAUAAAGUCCUUCAAGAAGUCGAUUCAGUGAAAUUUCUUAGUUUUCGGAUUCACCAGGCACUACUUCCUACCUAUUCUACACCUCCAUAUGAGGGGAAUUCUGUAACUGCUUGUGUCCACAUUUUUUUUUACAUCAAUGCAGUGCCUUCAGUGUAUGUAGGAGCUACAGGAAUGCAAAGCUGGCAGGGAAAAGGUUAAAAACAGACUGUAAUCGCUCCUUCUUGCCUGUUUGUGACAUGAUUUCAGUGGAUUUUCAUAUUUUCUAAGCUAUAACCCCACAUUAGUCAUUUCACGAACCGUACUGUGCAGUAACUUUGCUCCGGUCUACCCUCUUUCAUAUCUGGUAGGCUCCCAACAACAGAUGUUGGUCAUUUUGCUAAAAACGUGUCAAAAGCGGGAGUCGCAUCUGGUAGGAAUUACGCUCAAGUCGAUGCAAAUCCUCUGCAUACAUUCCCGUUUUGUGUUCUUAUUUGUAAUGUUUGUAUGUGUCGCUGAGAGACGAAAAUGUUGAGUGACAUUUAUCAGAGAUAUAUUCUAUAUUUUAUUUGUAUUUAAAGGUAGAUAUUAUGAAAAGACAAGCUAACGAGUGCUGUGAUGUUCUGUAUGUUUUCAAAAGUACUUAUGACUAGUCUGAGGAUAUUCUCAUGUCUAAUUAUUGUGUUGUGUGGCGACGAUGAUUACUUUACAAAAUGUUAAUUAUUAGCUGUGUAGAGAUAUGCUCAAAGCCAAUGGCCAUAUUGCUGUAUGAUGAUUUUUUUUUUUUUUUUUUCGGUGUGUGUGUGUGUGUUUUGUUUUUUUUUUGUUGUUGCCAUGUUUGAACCGGCUUGUCAUAGUGGAUUCUUGGAGGGACAUUAUUUUUCUAUGAUGAUUUGUACGUUGUUUGUGUGGAAAAAUUUAAGGUCACUUCUGAAUUGGCGGGGCGGGCGCAUCCACGGGAUGUUAAAGGAAAACCAGAUGGAGAAAGAUGGAGAUGAGGAGGAGACAAGAAGGUCGAGGAGUUGAUGGAUGAUGGAGAAAGAAAGUAGGCAAGGCGGACUGGGAAAGAAGGUGCAGAGAUGGUGGUGCUUUAUUCACUUGAAAAUCCUCCAUCAGACGUAGGCCUGUUUAAGUCAGACGGGCUUAGAUUUCUUGGAGUUUAGGCCACUGAAUAGUGCUAGCAAUAUCAUAUAUAAGUAGGCAUUGUAACACAUUAAACUGUGUUGGCAAAUAACUCCUAAAGAUACGAGGCAUAUAUUUAGCUAUAUAUGAAUAUCGGUGUGGCAAAGCAUUUAUUCUCAAUAUUUUAACGUCUCACAUCUGUCAAAUUGUGCUGGAUGUUUUGUAAUACCUGCAAAACAAAAAUGGUCUUUGUAUUUAUUACUUGUAUUUUUUCUAUUGUGAAAAUUUAAGUACAUUGUCUAUUUUAUAUAUUAAUUAUAAAUAAAUGUUGUACAUAUUGUACAUAA